AUGGAUAUCUCCCAGAGUAUAACUAAUAGCUCAAGGUUUCAAGUGUCUGAGUUCAUCCUGAUGGGGCUCCCAGGCAUUCACGAGUGGCAGCACUGGCUCUCCCUGCCCCUGGCUCUGCUCUGCCUCUUAGCUCUUGGUGCCAAUCUCCUCAUCGUGAUCACCAUCCAGCGUGAGCUUAAUUUUAACCAGCCCAUGUAUCAAUUCCUUAGCAUCUUGGCUGUAGUGGACAUUGGCCUGGCCACCACCAUCAUGCCCAAGAUCCUGGCAGUUUUCUGGUUUGAUGCUAAGGCUAUCAGCCUCCCUGAGUGCUUUGCUCAAAUCUAUGCUGUUCACAGUUUUAUUAGCAUGGAGUCAGGCUUCUUCCUUUGCAUGGCUGUGGAUAGAUAUGUAGCCAUCUGCCACCCACUUCAAUACCCUUUCAUAGUUACUGAAACUUUUGUGAUUAAAGCCACAGGAUUCAUGGUGCUCAGGAAUAGCCUGUUGACCUUCCCAGUGCCUAUACUAGCUUCCCAGAGAUACUACUGCUCCAGAAAUAAAAUUGAGCACUGCAUGUGCUCUAACCCAGGGAUCACCAACUUGGCCUGUGAUGAUACCACCAUUAACAGGUUUUAUCAGUUGGCUUUGGCCUGGGUCAUGGGUGGAAGUGAUAUGGCUCUAGUCUUUGCUUCCUAUGUUCUGAUCUUUCGCUCUGUGCUGAGACUGAACUCUGCUCAAGCAAUAGUCAAGGCUCUGAGCACCUGCAGCUCCCAUCUCAUCCUCAUCUUCUUCUUCUACACAACCAUUGUUGUAGUGUCUAUAGCCCACCUGGCAGGGAAAGCAGUUCCCAUAUUCCCUAUUCUCCUUAAUGUACUUAACAUUGUCAUUCCCCCAGCCCUUAACCCCAUGGUAUAUGCUCUUAGGACCCAGGAGCUUAGAGUGGGCUUCCAGAAGGUGCUUGGCUUAGGUGAGAAUGUGUCCAGAAGGUGA